AUGACAAAAUUAAAUAAAAUUAUUUUCUUCUUUCUUGCUUAUUCUACAUUCUUUCUUUUCUUUCUUUCUUUCUUUCUUUCUUUCUUUCUUUUUUUGUUACGUUUUUUUUUUCUUUCAUAUUCAUCACUUUUCCUUGUUCUUUUUUUUCUUAUUUUACUUCCUUCCUUCCUUCUUCUUCCUUCCUUCCUUCCUUCCUUCCUUCCUUUCUUUCUUUCCUUCUACGGAAUAUCCAACUGUCUACACUAUAUUCCUUCUUUCUUUCUUUUUUUUCUUUCUUAUUUUCUUUCUUUCUUUCUUUUUUUCUGCUAUAACCUUUUCCUUCUUUUCUUUCAGUAUUUACCACUUUUCCUUUUUUUCUUUCUUUUCUUAUUCUCUACCUUUUUUUUCUUUUCUUUCUUUUCUUUUCUUUCUUUAUUUAUUUAUUUAUUUAUUUAUUUAUUUUACCCAACUGUCUACACUAUAUUUCUUUCUUUCUUUCUUUCUUUCUUUCUUUUUCUUUUUCUUUCUCUUUUCUUUCUUUUGCCCAACUGUCUAUACUCUUAUUCUUUCUUUCUUUUCUUUCUUUCUUUCUUUCUUUCUUUCUUUUUUCUUUCUUUCUUUUUCUCCUUUUCCUCUAUAGCGGUGCCAAAUGUCUUUCUCUAUUUCACCUUUUCUGUUACAGUCUCUUAUCUCGGCAUCUCUCUCUCUCUCUCUCUCUCUCUCUCUCUUGUACUAAACGCCUGGGAUUACGUGAUAACAAUCGCCACCAAUCUUCCUGUCUUUUUAUUUUCUCAGAUGCCUGUGCUAACUUUCUUUUUCCUAUCUUUCAUUCUGACGUUCUUUCUUAUUUUCUUUCUUUCUUUUCCAUUUCUUUCUUUCUUUCUUUCUUUCUUUCUUUCUUUCUUUCUUUCUUUCUUUCAGAACUUUCUCGCUUUCUUUCUUUCAGAUCUUUCUUUUUAUUUAUUUCUAUAUUUUUUAAUUUAUUUUUAUAAUUUUCUUUCUUUCUUUCUUUCUUUCUUUCUUUCUUUCUUUCUUUCUUUCUUUCGUCCUUUCUUUCGUCCUUUCUUUCUUUCAGAACUUUCGUUCUCACUUCCUUUCUUUCGGAUCUAA